CGCCCCGCGGCGGAGCGGAGCGGGUCCCCGGGGCUCGGGCGAGGCCGCCCGCCCGCGCGCCGGUCACCCCGACGGCCCCAACUUCUCACCGCCCGUCCCUUCCCGCCCUCCUUCUCGAAGAUUCCGAGCUCCGGGACGCCCCGAGGGCGCGGGCUCAGGACGACCUCUGGGUGCGGCCGCGUUGAGAGACACACAGACCGGAAGGACCUGUAGAAAUGGCUUGCUCAUCUGUAAGAUGGAGACACAGCCCUGAGAUAUAGCUCAGACCCACAAUGGCCUGGGCCUGCUGAUUCCCCAUGUUGUGGAACUCCAGCACCUGUUGGUGUGGAGGAGCAGCUCUGAUGAUGGUCACACUCAUCACCGAGAAGCUGCAGAACCAGAGGCUGGACGACCGCAGCCGCAGGGUCCUCCAGGCCGGCGCGUAUUCUGCCGAGAAACUGAACAGAAGUGGCCAUUUGUUCCCUUUGGAGGCUGGUGGAGACAAGAGCCCCUGGCCAGCCUUGCGUGGAGGACGGCCUGUCGGGAGCCCGGGAGCUGCAGGCUCCACUUGCCCCUUCCGGCCGGGCCCACGUGCUGUGGCUCAUGCAGAUGGUGUCCUGUGGAGGCCAGAGUCACCAGGCCUGUGCACAGGCCCAGGCAGCCCUUUGGACCUCGGUGAGAAUUCAGGGCCACCCGUGGCACCACCGACCAAGCGACACUGCCGGUCCCUGUCAGAGCCCGAGGAGCUGGCUCGCUGCCGGUCCCCUUGGCGCCCCAGCGGCUCCAAGGUCUGGACUCCAGUCUCCAAGCGGCGGUGCAACAGUGGCGGGAGCGCCACGCUGCGGCGCUGCGGCGGCCUGGGGAGCUCAGGCCUGCCCAGGAGCCCCACCUCGCCCCUGGUGCCCCGGCCCGCCUCCGCCGGCAGCGGCUUCGUGGACAGCAGUGAGGGCAGCACAGGCCUGGGCCCACCGUGGUGCCCUGAGCGGCCUGGCUGGCUCUCCAGGCGCCGCUUGUCCCUCUCCCAGGAGCACCUGGCCGAUACGGGGGCUCACCCGCCUUCUGCCAGCAGCACCCCAACAUCCACGCCGGAGCUGGGCCGGCGCCACGGCCUGCCCCGGUGCCGCUCACAGCCAUGUGUGCUCAGUGGGAGGAGAAGCCGGCGCAAGAGGCAGCGCGAGGAGGCCAGGUGGACACGCCCGUCCUUGGACUUCCUCAAGAUGACCAGGACGUUGAAAAACUCCAAGAGCCUUUGCUCCCUGGACUACGAAGACGAUGAUGAGGACGACACGCAGGCCAAGACGGUGGUGUCCUCUCCGUGUGACUCGCAGGACCUGGUGGGCAUCGUCACGCCCAGCUCCAGCCCCAGCCCGUGGGCGUGCAGGGAGCGGGGGGCCGGCCCGGGCGGGGGCAGCGGGGACCCCGGUGACUGGGGCAGUGCGGGGGAGGAGGGCGUCUUCCCUCGGGACGGCAGCGACCUGGACCUGGAGCAGAUUGAGAACAACUGAUGACGCAGCCGCCGCCCGGGCACCGGCUGGCAGAGCGGGCGUGCUGAUGUGGACGCGGAGGCUUCGUUUAGAUUCAGUUUUUCCUAAAGAGGUAUUUUGCAUUUUUACGGCUUUUACAGUUUGGGAGAGCAUCUCUAUUUUGAAAUGAGUUUUCAGAAGGGCGUUCUAUUAAAUGUGAUUCUGCCAGA